AAGGGGGACCACUCACAUGGGAAGGGGACACGGCCUAGUUGGCUCACGGUUUCUCUCCAGCUGCACUAUGGGAAUUAGUUUUCUUUCUUUUGCUUCACAAGAAGGCACUAGGUGCAGCCAAUAAGAGACCAACACAAGAAGCACACGGCAGCUGCCACAAUCUAGUCCAGCAGUGUCCGUUCACACGUCCAAGGAGAGCUGCACUUCACACACACGGUCUAGCAAACAAGGAGGUGCAGCAGCCACCUUGAGGGGCUGCACACGUCCAGCAGCUUGGGCAGCAGCAGCAUCAAGGAGGUGUUGUUACGUUCCAGCAGCUUUGAAGAAGACAACACACGUGAAUGAGGAGCUUGGAGGAAGGGUCACGGUCUUGGUCCAGAAGCAAAGGCAACAGCAGUGAGUGGUGGGUCAUUCAACCUGUGCUCCAGCCAUUACCUUAAGUGCUCCAACCAAUAAGGGAAUCAUCAUCAUCUUUCAAAUUAGUGGAGAGUCCAAAUAGCACAGGGAGUUGGGAGUGCACGGUUAAUUAUUAUUUGAAGUGUGGAGAUGGAAAAAGAAAACACACUGUCUGGAAUGGAGAAUGAUGUAGGAAGAUACACAGUGACACUGCAAAGGAGAGCCACUGAGAACAAUAUGGCACAACAUCCACAUCGCGAGAGGACUCUUAGGGAGAUGGCUGCACCUGAUUUCACCUACGAAAGCUUGUGCAUCCAAUAUCCAGAUGAGGAUGUACCAUAUGUUCUUAAGACUGGACUAAUCCAUUUGUUGCCCAAGUUUCAUGGCCUUGCAGGUGAAAGUCCGCAUAAGCAUCUGAAGGAAUUCCAUAUUGUCUGUUCCACAAUGAAGCCUCAAGAUGUUCCUGAAGAUAGUAUCUUCCUGAAGGCAUUCCCUCAUUCGCUAGAAAGUGUAGCAAAGGAUUGGUUAUACUGUUUGGCGCCUAGAUCCAUCACCAGCUGGGAUGAUCUAAAGAGGUUGUUCUUGGAGAAAUUUUUCCCAGCAUCCCGAACCACUGCAAUCAGGAAAGAUAUAUCUGGGAUUAGGCAGCUUGGAGAGGAGAACCUGUAUGAGUACUGGGAGAGAUUCAAGAAACUUUGUGCAAGCUGUCCUCACCAUCAGAUAUCCGAGCAACUCCUUCUCCAGUAUUUUUAUGAAGGAUUGAACAACAUGGAGAGGAGUAUGAUUGACGCUGCCAGUGGUGGAGCGCUUGGUGACAUGACGCCUGUUGAAGCUAGGCAUUUGAUUGAGAAGAUGGCUUCAAACUCCCAACAAUUUAAUGUCAGAAGUGAUGCCAUUGUGAUGAGGGGGGUACAUGAUAUUGCUACCCACUCUUCAUCAUCUACAGAUAAGAAAUUGGAAGGCAAGCUUGAUGCUCUUGUGAGUUUGGUGACACAGUUGGCAUCCAAUCAGAGACCGGCACCUCCAUCUGCUUCUGUUGCACGGUUGUGUGCUAUUUGUUCUUCUAGUGACCAUUACAUUGAUGCAUGUCCUUCUCUGCAACAACCUAGUGCUCACGAUGUGCCUCAAGCUUAUGCUACAAACAUUUAUAACAACAGGCAGCAACAUCAACAUCAACCACAACAACAACAAAACUAUGACUUGUCCAGCAAUAGGUAUAACCCAGGAUGGAGGGAUCACCCUAAUCUCAGAUGGAACAAUGCUCUAUAUCAACAACAGCAACAACAACAACAACCGCAACCACCACCUUUCCAAAAUGCUGCAGGUCCUAAACCAUAUGUGCCUCCACCUGUUCAGAGAUAUCAAAGGCAACAACAGCAAGAGAUUCCUGCCCAACCAACUCCCCAACCUUCCACUUCUUCUUCGGAGCUUACAUUAGAGGAGCUGGUGAAGCAAAUGACUAUUCAGAAUAUGCAGUUUCAGCAGGAAACAAGAGCUUCCAUCCAGAGUUUGACCAAUCAGAUGGGGCAAAUGGCAACUCAACUAAAUCAGACACAAUCUCAGAAUUCUGAUAAGUUACCUUCCCAAACUGUGCAGAAUCCUAGAAAUGUUAGUGCCAUUACACUCAGAUCAAGGAAGCAGAUUGUUGUGCCCUCGAUGCCAUCUACUGUACCUAUACCUACGCAUGAUGUUUCUCAGAGAAAGGAAGACCAGGCAGGUCCCACUAGGACAUUUGAGGCAGGUGGACCUUCUUCCUCUUCUACCACUACCACUAGUGCAUCUCCUACCUUACCUCAACGACCUAUCCCUCUUCCCUUUCCUCCAAAGGCGAUGCCGAGCAAAAAAAUGGAAGAGGUGGACAAGGAAAUAUUGGAGACCUUCAGGAAGGUAGAAGUGAACAUACCUCUACUUGAUGCCAUAAAGCAGAUUCCAAGAUAUGCAAAAUUCUUGAAGGAGUUGUGCACACAUAAGAGGAAAAUGAAAGGCGAUGAAAGGAUCAGCAUGGGUAGGAAUGUAUCCGCACUUAUUGGUAAGUCAGUCCCGCACAUUCCUGAAAAAUGCAAGGACCCAGGUACGUUUUGCAUUCCUUGUAUGAUUGGAAAUAGUAAAUUUGAAAAUGCCAUGCUUGAUUUGGGUGCUUCUAUUAAUGUCAUGCCUUCGUCUAUAUAUAAAUCUUUGUCUCUGGGUCCUUUGCAACCUACGGGUGUGGUCAUUCAGUUGGCCAACAGGAGUGUUACCCACCCAACAGGUUACAUAGAGGAUGUCUUGGUUAGGGUUGGUGAAUUGAUUUUUCCUGCCGACUUUUAUGUUCUGGAAAUGGAGGAGGGAUUCUCUCAUGGAUUCGCUCCCAUCAUCUUAGGCAGGCCAUUUUUGAAAACUGCUCAAACCAAGAUUGAUGUGUAUGCUGGAACUUUAUCCAUGGAAUUUGCUGAUAUUGUGGUUCACUUUAAUAUUCUUGAUGCAAUGAAGUUCCCAGCUGAGGACCAUUCUGUUUUUAAGAUUGACAUAUUGGAUGACAUUAUUGAUAAAUAUGCUAUUGAUGAGUUUGAUUGUUUGCAUAAGAAAGAACAUUCUUUUCUCUCUUCUCGACAUACAUGCAUUGAAUCUGAAUUUGAGAAUGAUGUUGAUUUUGAAGAGGAUUUUGAUAUCCAUGAUGUUCUGGAUAUUGAUGAUGUUGAUAAUGUAAUUGUCAUGGAUAUGGAUUUGGAGCCUGAUGAGAUAGGAGUUCCGCCUUUACCUGUGAAUUCUUUGGAGUCAGAAUGCACUAACCACUUUGUAGGAAGUACAAAUGAAUCUGACUUGCAGGCACCUACUCUUGAGUUGAAACAGCUUCCAGAUAACCUCAAGUAUGCUUACUUGGAGGAUGAUGAGAAGAAACCUGUGAUCAUUUCCACCUCCCUUGAUGCUGUUCAAGAGGAGAAGUUGUUGAGUGUGUUGAGGAGGCAUAAGAGGGCCAUUGGUUGGACAUUGGCUGACAUACCUGGCAUUAGCCCAUCUACUUGUAUGCACAGAAUUCUUCUAGAAGAGGGGGCAAAGCCGGUUAGGCAACCACAACGAAGGCAAAACCCUGUGAUUAUGGAUGUCAUCAAGAAGGAGGUGACCAAGCUUCUGCAAGCUGGGAUCAUCUACCCCAUAUCAGAUAGUCAAUGGGUGAGCCCGAUCCAUGUUGUGCCCAAGAAGACUGGCCUCACUGUGAUAAAGAAUGAGAAAGAUGAGUUGAUUCCUACCAGAGUGCAGAACAGCUGGAGAGUCUGCAUUGAUUACAGGAGGCUCAAUCAGGCAACCAGGAAAGAUCACUUCCCCCUGCCAUUCAUUGAUCAGAUGCUCGAGCGCCUGGCAGGUAAAUCUCAUUAUUGCUUUCUUGAUGGAUUUUCUGGCUAUUUUCAAAUCAAUAUUUCUCCUGAGGACCAAGAGAAAACCACGUUCACCUGCCCCUUUGGCACUUUUGCCUAUAGGAGGAUGCCAUUUGGCCUGUGCAAUGCCCCUGGUACCUUCCAGCGAUGCAUGCUUAGCAUUUUUAGCGAUUUUCUUGAAAAUUGCAUAGAGGUGUUCAUGGAUGAUUUUACUGUAUAUGGAUCCUCCUUUGAUACAUGUUUAGACAGUUUGAAAAAGGUUUUGCAAAGAUGUAUUGAUACUAACCUUGUUUUAAAUUUUGAGAAAUGUCAUUUUAUGGUAGAACAAGGUUUGGUUUUAGGGCAUAUCAUCUCUAGCAAGGGAAUAGAGGUAGAUCCUGCAAAAAUAUCUGUGAUUUCGCAAUUGCCUUACCCCUCUUGCAUGCGAGAGGUUCGAUCUUUUCUUGGGCAUGCAGGUUUCUAUAGGCGCUUCAUCAAGGACUUCAGCAAGAAAACACUUCCCUUGUCCAAACUGUUACAGAAAGACAUUGAGUUUGACUUUGAUGACAGAUGCAAACAGGCUUUUGAUCGCCUGAAGCAAGCUUUGAUCACCACUCCGAUCAUUCAGGCACCAGAUUGGACAGCCCCUUUUGAGCUUAUGUGUGAUGCAUCCAAUUAUGCAUUGGGGGCUGUCUUGACACAAAAGAUUGACAAGUUGCCGCGAGUGAUCUAUUAUGCUUCCAGGACUUUAGAUGCUGCCCAGGCAAACUACACCACCACUGAGAAAGAGUUGUUAGCCAUUGUGUUUGCUCUUGAUAAAUUUAGAUCAUAUUUGCUUGGUUCACCUGUUAUUGUAUUCACUGACCAUGCAGCUCUGAAGUUUCUAUUGAAGAAGGCUGAGUCAAAGCCAAGAUUGAUAAGGUGGGUGCUCCUACUCCAAGAAUUUGACCUGCAAAUCAAAGACCGGAGUGGAGCACAUAAUUUAGUUGCAGACCACCUCAGCAGGAUUGAAAGAGCUGAGGAUGAAGCCGAUGUUUUGCCUAUUCAAGAUAACUUUCCUGAUGAGAGUUUGCUGACGGUUUCACUUUCUCACCCUACUCCUUGGUUUGCAAAUAUUGUCAAUUAUUUGGUUGCUUAUGUUUUUCCUCCAUUAGCAUCUCGUGCUCAAAUUGCUAAAAUUAAGAGCGAUGCUAAGUAUUACAUUUGGGAUGACCCAUAUCUGUGGAAGUUGUGCAGUGAUCAGGUUACUAGAAGAUGCAUUCCGGACCAUGAGAUUGACUUGGUCCUGCAGUUCUGCCAUGCCUCCUCACCUGGUGGUCAUCUGGGAAUUCAAAGAACUGCUCGUAGAGUACUAGAUUGUGGUUUUUAUUGGCCCUCCAUCUUUAAGGAUGCGGAGAGAAUUUGCAGCACCUGUGAGCCAUGUCAAAGAGCAGGAGGAUCACUUUCAUGGAGACAACAGAUGCCUCAACAACCUAUGUUGUUCUGUGAGGUAUUUGAUGUCUGGGGUAUUGAGUUUAUGGGUCCUUUUCCUGUUUCUUUUGGUUUCUCUUAUAUUCUUCUUGCUGUGGAUUAUGUUUCAAAAUGGGUGGAAGCUAGAGCCACUAGAACUAACGAUGCCUGGGUUGUUGUAGAUUUUGUUAGAUCUCACCUCUUUUGCAGGUUUGGAGUGCCCCGAGCAAUUAUUAGUGAUCAAGGAACCCAUUUUUGCAAUAGAUCAAUGCAAGCCUUGCUAAGGAAGUAUGGGGUGGUACACAGAGUUUCUACACCUUACCAUCCCCAAACAAAUGGACAAGCGGAGAUCUCAAACAGGGAGAUUAAGAGGAUUUUGGAGAAGAUUGUCCAGCCCAAAAGGAAAGAUUGGAGCAAUAGGUUGGACGAUGCUCUUUGGGCCCACAGGACUGCCUACAAAGCACCAAUAGGGAUGUCUCCUUACCGGGUUGUCUUUGGAAAGGCAUGUCAUCUACCAGUUGAGAUUGAACAUCGGGCAUAUUGGGCUGUGAAGUCUUGCAACUUCUCCAUGGACCAAGCUGGUGAGGAAAGAAAGUUGCAACUGAAUGAAUUGGAUGAGAUCCGAUUGGAGGCCUAUGAGAACUCGAAGUUCUACAAGGAAAGAACAAAGAACUUCCAUGAUAGUUCUAUUGUUAGAAAGGACUUCGAGAUUGGCCAACAAGUUUUAUUGUAUAACUCUAGGCUCAGACUCAUGGGGGGUAAGUUGAGAUCAAAGUGGAUUGGACCUUUUGUUGUGACUAAUGUCUAUCCUUAUGGUGCAGUAGAGAUCCAAGGUCCAUCCAUAGCUGAAAGCUUCAAGGUUAAUGGGCACAGACUGAAGCGCUUCCUCAACAACGCUUCUUUGUUGAAUGCAGUGGUGGAGGAGACGUCUUUGGUCGACCCCACCUCUCUUUCCCUUUGACUCAGGGAAUUUUCUGAUCUCCUUCCCUCCUCACUUUUAUUGCAUUUGUCUAUUCUAUUUGACUGUUCUAAUUGUUAUUCUGAUGAUUGUGACACACUGAGAACAUUGUGUAGUUUAAGUGUGGUCUAGUGGGGGAGAUUUUUUUUUAAAUUUGAUUUCUUUGCUAAAAAAUUUUCUCUUUUAGGUUGUUUUUGUCGUGUCUUGUGUGUAAUUUUACAUAACUCUCUUCAUUUCUGGAUUUUGUUUAAGUUGUAGACUCGUCUUUCACUUCAUUUGAUUGAUACUUAUGAUUUGAAACUCUUGCUUUUCUUUGCGUGGGAAGAUGAUUAUGAUGUUUGAGAGGUUGAAUUGAUUGUGACAAAUACCCUGUGUGAGAUUUGAGCCACUUUAUUUUUUUUCUUGUGUGUGAUAUGUCUCUUGAUUGCUUACGCAUAUGCCUUGGCUUGACUCUUGUUGAUAAUUCUUGAUUGAUAUGCAUGUUUAGAAAUGAUAAAGGCAUUUUUGUUCUUGAGCCUCUCUAGCCAAAUAAGCUUACCUUGUUCUAAUCCUUUGAUAACCCAUUUUGAGCCUACACUUUCCUCAUUUCUUUGUUUUGAAGCUCAUACACUAGCCCUAAGUGAAAAACCAUGAUUACCUUAACCUUAGGGAAUUUUGGAGCUUUGGAAGUGUUUUGGGAAUAAGUGUGGUCUCCCUAGGGAUUCUAAUGAAUUGGUUAGUUGGUUCCUCUUCGUCAUUUUUGUAAAUAUGUUGUGUAUCUUGUCUCUUACAGUUGAGUCCUAAAUAGAGAAAAGAAAAAAAAGAGACAAGAUGGAAAAAAAUAAUAAAAUAAAAUAAAAUAAAAUAUUCUGUUUGUGAAUAACGGAGUCAAGAAGAGGAUUGAAUUAGAGGUUUUGGAUGUGAUUUGAUUAUAUUUAAACUUGAUCCCCAUUGCUCCUCUAUUCUGUUUGGGUUAUAGCUACUUAUCCAUAUUUAUCCUCCCUUGUCCUUGGCCCCAUUUCACCAAUAAAAGACCUUUUGAUUUGAACAUGCAUAUGUUUCUGAGUGUUGAUUUUAGAGGCUUGCCAAGUCUGUUUGUGUUUGCUUUCUUGAGUGCAUUGAGUUGACAGUUCUUACCUUAGACACUUGAGAGAAACAGUAAUAGUGCACCUGUGAGGUUUUGCUGCUUGUGAUUCACCUCUUAAGCUGAUUGAUUAUUUUACCAUGCUUGGAAGUGCUUGCAUGUGUUAGAUAUUGUCUACUGCUUUUAUUUGUCCAGAUUACUUGAGAACUGUGUAAUUCGGUUUGUUUCUUUGUGAGUUUUUGUUUUUCUGUGUGCUGAGCUUGUUUCGUACACCUGAUGCCCUUUGAACUAUUCCUUGAUUUGCGUUUUAAUUUUGCUCAGGAGUGCAAAAGACUAAGUGUGGUCUAUUUUGAUGAGUCAAUAUUUUAUUGACUUCACUUAGCUUAUUGUACUGGAUUUAAUCGGGGAAUUGUGCUUAAAUGUCUAUUAUUUUCCCAUUUUUUCUAAUUGUGCUUAAUUUCACCAGAAAUUCUUAUUUUAAUUAAUUUGAAUUAUCUGAGCUUAUUAUUUUCAUUAUUGAUUGCAAGGAAAAUUUUGGAAAAUAAAUUGGGACAUUUGGAAGAAUAUUCAUUUACACAUUGUGUUAUUUAAUUGAAAGAAGUUACACUGCAUUGACUUAUUUUGUGUUGAAUAGAAAAAGAUGUGCAGAUCCGUGGAGACUUCAGCUAGAAUAUGCGGCUUGGUUUGGCUAAAAAAAAUAGAAGAAAGCACCUUCAACUCAUUUUCUUUUGGAGGAAGCAACUUAAUUCUUUGUUGGUCUCCUAGUCUCUCACGGCCACAAAUUAAAAGGGGUUUUAGGCCUCUUCUUGAUUGGUUGCAAGGAAGUGCAUCUCACGGUAGAAAUAUAUUUGGAAACAUCCACAUCAGCACAACUUUCACGUGAAGCAAGUCCUUCAUUUAUUGAAUUUUAAGAAGCAUUAAAUUGGCUUGGAACAAUGCAUCUCACGGCCUAAGGCAGCCAACACAAAAUGGAGGAAUCUUCUUUCUCUUUUAGGAAGUGGGAGACACCACGGCCUAGUUGGCUCACGGUUUCUCUCCAGCUGCUGGGAAUUAGUUUUCUUUCUUUCUGCUUCACAAGAAGGCACUAGGUGCAGCCCAUGAGAGACCAACACAAGAAGCACACGGCAGCUGCCACAAUCUAGUCCAGCAGUGUCCGUUCACACGUCCAAGGAGAGCUGCACUUCACACACACGGUCUAGCAAACAAGGAGGUGCAGCAGCCACCUUGAGGGGCUGCACACGUCCAGCAGCUUGGGCAGCAGCAGCAUCAAGGAGGUGUUGUUACGUUCCAGCAGCUUUGAAGAAGACAACACACGUGAAUGAGGAGCUUGGAGGAAGGGUCACGGUCUUGGUCCAGAAGCAAAGGCAACAGCAGUGAGUGGUGGGUCAUUCAACCUUUAGUGCUCCAGCAAUUACCUUACGUGUUCCAACCACUAAGGGAAUCAUCAUCAUCUUUCAAAUUAGUGGAGAGUCCAAAUAGCACAGGGAGUUGGGAGUGCACGGUUAAUUAUUAUUUGAAGUGUGGAGAUGGAAAAAGAAAACACACUGUCUGGAAUGGAGGAUGAUGUAGGAAGAUACACAGUGACACUGCAAAGGAGAGCCGUAAGCUAAUCUUAAUUUGCUGAAUUCUUGUUACCUUUUCAUUUGGUUUUGUACACGUUUUUAUUGAAGCUUUUGUUCAACUGCUGUUACAUUCAUCUAUCUAUUCCAUAAACUAUAAUUUGGUUUUGCUUGUGCACGUUAUUACUGGGAAUAGAGAGCUUUGUAAUUUCA